AUGGCUGAAAAUGUAGCUGAGUCCCAGAGGGUGGUGGAGCAGGUCUCCUUGGCCAUGGACCGGACAGCCGUCGUGCUUCUCCUUCUGCUGGGGACCAGUGGACUGUCCAGCUCCAAGGGUGGGGAGGAGGACCCGGAGUACUGGAGGUCACAAGCGAGGGAGACUCUACAGUCGGUACUGGAGAGGAAGCCCAACACCAACGUGGCCAAAAACAUCUUGUUUUUUCUCGGAGAUGGUAUGGGAAUCACCACCUACACGGCGGCUCGCAUCCUGAAGGGACAGAUCCAGAACCAAACGGGGGAGGAGUAUGUGAUGACCAUGGACACCUUUCCUCAUGUGGGACUGGCUAAGACCUACAGUGUGGAUUUCCAGAUUCCGGACAGCGCAGCCACAGCCACGGCCUAUUUGUGCGGAGUGAAAACCAAUCUGAACACCAUCGGAGUGAGCGCAGCCGCUCGCAACGGGGUCUGCAAAACUCAGAAAGGGAACGAGGUCACGUCCAUCCUGAAGUGGGCCAAAGAUGCCGGCAAGUCUGUGGGCAUAGUGACAACCACCCGAGUGCAACAUGCGACCCCAGCUAGCAGCUACGCCCACAGCGCCAGCAGGAAGUGGUACAGCGACGCAGACAUGCCGGAUGCUGCCAAGAAGGACGGCUGCUCCGAUAUUUCAUCCCAGCUCGUCGGAAACAUUGACAUCGAUGUGAUCAUCGGUGGAGGGAGGAAGUACAUGACACCCAGAGGCACCAGGGACCCCGAGUACCCCACGGAUGUGUUGUCCUGGGGCAAAAGAAGAGAUGGACGGAAUCUCAUCCAGGAGUGGAAAAGCCGGAAAAGUGGAAAGGUGGCCCACUAUGUUUGGAAUAAAAAAGAUUUUGAUGCUGUUGAUCCUGAAACCACAGACUACCUGAUGGCUCUGUUUGAACCUGGCGAUCUGCGCUUUGAGGAAGAAAGAGACCAGAGCAUGGACCCGUCCAUUGUCGAGACCACGGAAAAGGCAAUCCGCAUCCUCCAGAGAAACCCAAAGGGCUUCUUCCUGCUCGUAGAGGGGGGGCGGAUCGACCAGGCCCACCACGCCGGUCGAGCGUACAUGGCCCUGCACGAGGCCGUCGCUUUCGACGACGCCAUAGCCAAGGGCCUUGAACUCACCAGAGAGGAGGAGACCCUGACCAUAGUGACGGCCGACCACUCCCAGCCCCUCACCUUCAACGGGUUCCCGUUUCGGGGCCAGAGCGUUUUAGGGAAAUCUCCUCUCUGGGCGACAGACAUGUUACCCUACACGAUACUGAUGUACGGAAAUGGACCCGGAAACAAACUCAUUGACGGAAAACGUCCAGACCUCCGCAACGUCACCACAAAGGGCAAAGACUACGUCCAGUUUUCCGCCGCCCCGCUGAAGUCCACCACGCACAGCGGGGAGGACGUGGCCGUGCUGGCCCGGGGCCCCAUGGCCCACCUGUUCAGCGGCGUCCAGGAGCAGCACUUCAUAGCCCACGCCCUGGCCUACGCCGCCUGCGUGGGGGCCGACCUCGGGCACUGCCGAGCUCCACCCGCGGGAGACACCACCCUCCCCACCGACGGGUCCGGGUCCGGGGCAGAAAGGGCCUCGGUGGCGCUGCUCGCCAGCCUCCUCAGUCUGCUGCUGGCGCUGACCGUUUUGGCCUGAGGUCAGCGGUCAGGGGGAAUGGAAGGAACCAUCUCCACAAAACUGAUAGAUAAGGUGGUUAAGUUAUGGAUGAGGCCUACAGCGAGGCUCAGUGAGGUGCACCUGUUGAGUUCAGGAGUUUUUUCAGUUCUUAUUUCCUGAAAAU